AGAAUUGGUGCUGGGUAGAAAAGCACCUCAGGCCAGAGCAGCGUGCAGAGGGGGCCAGGACAGCCCAAGGAGGAGGAGGAGGAAGAGGACGAGGAGGAGGAGGAGAGGGCAGCUUGUGGGAAAUCCUGAAGAUGGCCAAAGAUGACUCCACUGUUCGUUGCUUCCAGGGCCUGCUGAUUUUUGGAAAUGUGAUUGUUGGUAUGUGCGGCAUCGCCCUGACGGCAGAGUGCAUCUUCUUUGUAUCCGACCAGCACAGACUCUACCCGCUGCUUGAAGCCACCGACAACGAUGACAUCUACGGGGCGGCCUGGAUCGGCAUGUUUGUGGGCAUCUGCCUCUUUUGCCUGUCUGUUCUAGGCAUUGUAGGCAUCAUGAGGUCCAGCAGGAAAAUUCUUUUGGCGUAUUUCAUUCUGAUGUUUAUAGUAUAUGGCUUUGAAGUGGCGUCUUGUAUCACAGCAGCCACACAACGAGACUUUUUCACACCCAACCUCUUCCUGAAGCAGAUGCUGGAGAGGUACCAAAACAGUAGCCCUCCAAACAAUGAUGACCAAUGGAAAAAUAAUGGAGUCACCAAGACCUGGGACAGACUCAUGCUCCAGGACCACUGCUGUGGGGUAAAUGGUCCAUCAGACUGGCAGAAAUAUACGUCUGCCUUCCGGACUGAGAACAACGAUGCCGACUACCCAUGGCCUCGUCAGUGCUGUGUGAUGAAUAAUCUUCAAGAACCUCUCAACCUGGAAGCCUGCAAGCUAGGAGUGCCUGGUUACUAUCACAAGCAGGGCUGCUAUGAACUGAUCUCUGGACCUAUGAACCGACACGCCUGGGGGGUCGCCUGGUUUGGAUUUGCCAUUCUCUGCUGGACUUUUUGGGUUCUCCUGGGUACCAUGUUCUACUGGAGCAGAAUUGAAUAUUAAGAGCACGGCGUGACCACCCACCGCCCUCCUGCAGGCCCAUACCUGUGCCCAGGCGGCCUCCUCACUGGGUCUGGCUCCCCUGGGCGCUCAGCCUCUCCAAAUUCUCACUAGUGUUCUCAGCCCCAUCGAGGCUUCUGCAACAUUCUUAUAGACAGUAGGAAAGACCUGAGAAAGUCAAUAACUACCUCCAGCUCUGCUUAUUUUUAACAUGGGGUCAUGGAGCCAUCCACCAGAACCCUGUUAUCACUGCGAGCGCCUGACACCCCAAAUCUGCACUUGGACAGCAAACUUGCAUGCAUUGCACCCUGCUUUCCAAGAGACGUGCAAAGGGUUUCAUUUAUCUCCAUCUUGCCCAGGUGAGAAAACUAAGGAAAAAGUUGCUGAGAAAAAUCUUUGGCCUUUGCUCUAGGGUGGCUCCCAUCACACAGACACAAGUGACUCCUUAAAGCCACCCGAGGACCCCGUUGUUCUCCAGGACAAUGUCUGACCUUGAGUUACUGGUGGUUGAAACUUCGUCUCGGACACGGCAGGGUGACAUGUGUGUCGUCCCAUGAACUAGAUGUGGACUUCUGGGGACCGAGUCGGGCCUGUCAUAUAGUUAGCAGUCUCCACUCGAAACACCUUUCAAACAGGAGACCAGCAAGCUGGAGAGUAGCCACGUGAUCUAUGGUGAUUUCUGUUACUGUUGAAAUAUUUCUCUUCUGAACUAUGUUUCCAUCUGUGGUCCUGAAAGAAAUUCUUAUAAUUCAGUAUUUGUCUGGUCUUA